UUUAUUUACAUGCAUUCUGUGGGGCUUGUUGAGUAUUUUUCAAUAAUUCCAAUUAUUCCCUCAACUAUUUCCAAUGGCCGCAGGAUGUAGUAAAUCUUUCACGUCCAAGUAUGAGGAAGAAUUAUAUUAUGACGUGGAAUACGAAGAUUUUUGCAAGAAUUUCGAAUUUUCGAAUUCUUCUUCCUGCUGGAUCUGCAAUGGUUAUUACGGAGCAAGCUACGGGGAACCACUGUGUGGCACCUGUCAUGCCUUCAUUUUUCCAAAUCAUUCAAACGAGGAGGCAGAAGGACUUGUUACGGAGUUUUCCGACGAUGAAGAUUCCGGCAACGACGAACCACCUGAAAAUGGAUCGGAAGCGAAGGACCGUCCCGACGAUGACGAUUCCGACUAUGACUUGGAAAGGCCACGCCCUUCCGCUCCCAGGAACUUAAAUCAGUAUUUAGAUAUGCUUUCGCAACCGCGCGAUUCGGACGAGUCACAGCAGAAGAUUUGUUCACUCCCGGUGGAGGUACUGCUGUCGAUAUUUUCCUAUUUAGACGAUCUGUCUCUCUGGAAUGUGAGCGAAGUGUGUAAGCAAUGGAAGCGAAUACUAGAGGUGCACACUCCGCAGCAAAUGUGGAGAAAAUAUACCAAGGAACGGUGGCCGCUGUUUCAACAAAUUUCAACCAUUCCUAAUUGGUUGCACAUGUAUGGCGCUUUAAUGAAUUCAUGUUUCUGCCGUACAUGUUUAAUUCAAAUGGCAUUGAAAACACCUAUGCGAGGACGAGUAAAUCAUAUACGAGCGAAUCGGCUACGAAGCGACAUCCGAUCUCUGGAUCUGGAUGCCACCGAAGGAAUCGAUGCCGUUGCUCUGGACAACCAGCUAUUUCACUGGCAAGCUUCUAUCCUCGGUCCAGCCGGCAGCCCUUACGAGGGUGGAAAGUUUUUUCUCUACAUUGUGAUUCCUUGCUCUUACCCGAUGCUUCCGCCACAAGUUAGGUUCCUCACGAAAAUUGUACAUCCUAAUGUAUCUCGUCACGGGGAUGUGGGGAUCGACAUCAUCCAACACAAUUGGUCACUGGCUUUGACCAUAUCGAAGUUGCUGCUUUCGGUCCAGAGCUUAUUAACUGAUCCGUUCACUCAGAUAUGCAUGGAACCUGAAAUUGGACGCAUGUACGAGAAUAACCGACCGAAGUUUGAAGCCCUUGCAAGACGGUGGACUUGGAAAUAUGCCAUGUAUGAAGUACUACCGCCACUGGAAGGGUUGUUUUAAUAAUAUCUGAUGUAAACAAACAUGGAUUAUAAAAGUCGUCCAAUAAUUCGGAUUACUACGCCAGGUCAUUCUGGGUGAAAUUAGAUACGACAGUUCAACUAAAAGUCAGAAAAAAAAAGUCACGCAAAAUAGGUGACAAAAUAUGAAAAACGAACUUGAUAUUGAAUCGUUCCGUUCCCGGUGAUAUUGAAUCGUUCCGUGCUCGGCCACAGGUCCUGUUGAUGUAUACACAACAAAUAAAGCUAACCAUACAUAAACGAUAGAUUCUCACCACAGCCAAACAAAAUUUCGGUAGCAAAGCACUCAAAACGCUUCUGUACUUUUAGAGAUACUGUUUCCUACAAUAGUAACUAGUAAGCACUAUUAAUCUAAGAUAUUUCAAAAUUAGGGAUAAGCUGGCAUCCGGGUUAAGACUAAAUUCGGGAUAAUUUUAUUUCUAGUCUAUCUGGAUGUUGUUUGUAUAAUAAAUUGAGGCUCAAAAAUGUAGCAACGAUUAACUUUCCUCUUGUCUAGAACACGACAUCUGUAACAACAGCAGGAAUAGACCUACUAAUUGAAAACUGAAACAUGCUUUUUGAUACAACUAGAAGUUACUAAAACUUUAUCGAUGUGACUGAAUAAAUUAUUGGAAAGUGUGACAA